AUGAACGUUUCUUCCACUUCCACUUCUGAUAGCAUAAACAUCUGGCGCACUUGGGCCCUGACUGUCACUUAUGAAGCAGGGGAAUAUACCAAACAGAAAUUCAAGGCAGAGAAGACUGGAGGAGACCCAGUCAUACCUUCUCCCAACCUAGACACUGAUCUGGUGAUGCAUAUAAAAAUCCCAUUCAGAUGCAGAUGGAUAUUGCAAGAUAUAUACCUCCCAGACACCCUGACCGACACCACCCAGAAGGAAAUCAGGGAGGCCACCAAUUUGCUCGCUCCAAGCCUCAAAAAAAGUGUAAGGGCUGAUGGCAAUUGGCGAACUAAUCACAAGUGGUUCAACCGGGGCUUGGAAGAUGUUGGGGCAACUCCCGGAUGCAUCAAUUUAUCUCCGGCAUGGUUUCAACAGGGACACGAGAAUGUGUCCGAUCUGGAGGUAUCUGCAUCAUUGAAGGGACCUUCCUGCGAGAAUAUCCUUAAAGCCAUUGCAAGGCCAGCAGCCAUCGUGUCCGCGGCAUGA